CCUGCUUCCGGUCCCCGGGUCCCGGUCCUUAGUUUAGUUGUUUUUUGUUUUAUGGGUUGAUUGAUAAUAAUGCCAUAAAAACACAUCUCGAUUAGAAAACAAUUUUGAAAAUAUUACCGGUGUGAAAAUUUGUAAAAAGUGUUAUUUUUCAUCGUAAAAGUGGUGACCUCAAGAGCUUAAUAUUACAAUGAAUUCAGAUUCAGAAGAAGGAGAAGAUUACAUUGUUGAGAGAAUCAUCCAGAAACGAAUUCGUAACGGGAUAGUCGAGUAUUACCUCAAAUGGGAAGGUUUUACCGAAGAGUACAACACAUGGGAACCAGAAGGUAAUCUGAAUUGCUUCGAACUUAUACAAGAUUUUGAAGACAAAUUAACUAACGAAAAGAAGAAAAAACAACGAGAGAAAAAUUCGCUAUCUACGACUGCUACAGUUAAAAGUAAACCUGGUCCUUUAAGUUCGAAAAAACGUCCAGCAAAUGAAAAUAGAGAAAACACUCGCUCCAAUAAUGAUCCUCAAGCAUCGUCUAGUAGUAAAUCAAUACCAAUACCAAAAGAUAAUGGGUUUCAACGCGGCUUGGAACCAGAUAUAAUUUUAGGCGCUUCGAAUGUCCCAGGAGAACUCAUGCUAUUAAUGCAGUGGAAGAAUGGUGAAUUGGAACUGGUAUGUUCAAAGGAUGCGAAAGAAAAAUGUCCUCAAUUAGUUAUAGAUUUUUAUGAAAAACACGUCAUGUGGAAUGAUUGAUUAUUUUGAUGAAAUUUUUGUUACGAGUAUUAUUAUUUUUAUUGAUGAAAUUUUCGUUAUAAGCUCCAUUGUGUGACUCAGUCCAGUUUGUAUGUAUCUAUAAUUGUGAGAUGUCGACGUAAAAUUUAAUUUUAUAUGUGUACGUUUGUAAUUUUUUUCAGCUGUGUUGUAAAUAUGUAUUCAAUUGUUUCCAUUAUUAUAAGCUUUUUUUAUUAUUCAUUUUUUGCUGAUAAUUCAUUGUGACUAUGUUAAUGCAUUUAUGUACCUAUUCGUCUAAAUAAACCAGUGUUUUGAUACGUGA